CAGCCUUUCACGGUCAUCCCAAGUACUGGCUGAAGAAAGCAGCCUUGCUCUUCCUGGUUUCAUUCGCUCAUCAUCUCUUCCCCCGGCAAAGGCUGCUUCAGUGACGUCCAAUCUUAAAGUGGAUAGGCUUGUGCCCUCCUGACAUCUACCCACACUGUUUGGGUUGCAAUGACAUUUCUUAAACCUUUUCCCAUCUCUGACUCAAGUAUCUUUAAGUUUCCUAGAUCUGAUAUGUGUACACAGUAAAUGACAUUGCAUUAGAACAGAAGUCAUUAUGGCAGCUGUUGAUACUUAUGUGUACAACCUACAUUGACAGCAAGUCACAUCAAAUGGCCGCUGCCUCCCUCCACACUGUGCCGAGAUAAUGACAUCAUUGAGAACAGGGAAACUCAUAAUGCAAAGGAAUUUCUCAGGAGACAGGGAGUUCAAAAUAAAGGUGUUGGCUUCUGAUGGGGCCUUCUUGUGAUGUCAUUAGCCAGACUCGGACCUGAGCAUGCGCACUCUGAGCACGCCCAGCCCAGCCUUGAUAUGCCCCCCAGCUCUGCCAGGAUUCCAGAAUGGACGGGGCUCGUCCACCUCCUCGUCGUCCAUCACCGGGGAGACGGUGGCCCUGGUGCACUCCCCGCCCCCGGCCCGCCUCACGCACCCCCUCAUCCGCCUGGCCUCCAGACCCCAGAAGGAGCAGGCCAGCGUGGACCGGCUGCCCGACCCCGCGCUGGUGCUCGUCUUCUCCUUCCUGCCCACCAACCAGCUGUGCCGCUGCGCGCGCGUGUGCCGCCGCUGGUACAACCUGGCGUGGGACCCGCGCCUCUGGAGGACUAUCCGCCUGACCGGGGACACCACGCCCGUGGACCGCGCCCUCAAGGUGCUCACCCGCCGCCUGUGCCAGGACACCCCCAACGUGUGCCUCAUGCUGGAGACGGUGGUGGUGAGCGGCUGCCGCCGCCUCACCGACCGCGGCCUCUACACCAUCGCCCAGUGCUGCCCCGAGCUCCGGCGCCUCGAGGUCUCGGGCUGCUACAACAUCUCCAACGAGGCCGUCUUCGACGUGGUGUCCCUCUGCCCCAACCUGGAGCACCUUGACGUGUCGGGGUGCUCCAAGGUGACCUGCAUCAGCCUGACCCGGGAGGCCUCCAUCAAACUGUCCCCCUUGCACGGCAAACAGAUUUCCAUCCGCUACCUGGACAUGACGGACUGCUUCGUGCUGGAGGACGAGGGGCUGCACACGAUCGCGGCGCACUGCACGCAGCUCACGCACCUGUACCUGCGGCGCUGCGUGCGCCUCACCGACGAGGGGCUGCGCUACCUGAUGAUCUACUGCGCCUCCAUCAAGGAGCUGAGCGUGAGCGACUGCCGCUUCGUCAGCGACUUCGGCCUGCGCGAGAUCGCCAAGCUGGAGGCGCGCCUGCGCUACCUGAGCAUCGCGCACUGCAGCCGCCUCACCGACGUGGGCCUCCGCUACAUCGCCAAGUACUGCAGCAAGCUGCGCUACCUCAACGCCAGGGGCUGCGAGGGCAUCACGGACCACGGCGUCGAGUACCUGGCCAAGAACUGCACGAAGCUCAAGUCCCUGGACAUCGGCAAGUGCCCGCUGGUCUCCGACACGGGCCUGGAAUGCUUGGCCCUGAACUGCUUCAAUCUCAAGCGCCUGAGCCUCAAGUCGUGCGAGAGCAUCACCGGCCAGGGGCUGCAGAUCGUGGCAGCCAACUGCUUCGACCUCCAGAUGCUGAACGUCCAGGACUGCGAGGUGUCGGUGGAGGCCCUGCGCUUCGUGAAGCGCCACUGCAAGCGCUGCGCCAUCGAACACACCAACCCUGCCUUCUUCUGAAGGCCGCAGCUCCGGCCCACGGGUCUUCGCACAGACGGGAGCCCAACACACGCGCAUUGCGGUUCUGUUGUUGUGGUUAGAGCGGCCUCUGUAAGCACCGACACCCACUCCUAGCAGCUAUUUCUUCCAAAGGUUCUUGUUGGGAAUCUGGAUCUCUCUCUCUCUCUCUCUCUCUCUCUCUCUC